UAGAAAAAAACCACCAAUACAAUAUAAUUUUUGGUAAACCGAAGUCAAAAUUAAGAAUUGAAUCCCCACUUACCCCAUCAUCUAAUCUUGUUGAUGAGCAUGAUGAUGAUGAUGGGCAGUGCCACCACCAAUCAUUUACCAGAAAAACUAAACGAGAAGAAGAAGAAGAAGAAAAACACAGUCACCAAAGAAAACCAAAUCCAAUUUGCAACGCAGCAGCAGCAGUCUCAACUUUUCAACUCAGCUGAAGAAACUUUUUAUUCAAUUGUUUUUUUGCCCCAGCUUAUUUAGUUUUUCUGGUUUUUUUUUACCCUCCCAAACCAUUUGAAAACCCCAAGAAAGAGAGACGUCUCCUUGAUGAACUCAAAAACUUUGAUUCCUCAUCAUCACACCAAAUCCCAGAUUUUUACUUAUAUUUUUAAUUAACACUCACUCACUAAUAAAACAACAACAAAUACCCACAUUUCCUCUCUUCUCCAAAAUCUUCACCAAUAAGUCUAAAACCUGGCUCUCUCUCUCUUUUUUUCUUUUUCUGGGUUGCUUAUUUCUUAACACCUGUGUUUGUUUUGCAUGACUGAAUCAUGAGGGAUAAAAUGAAACUGGGUUCUUGGCUUUUCAUUUGGGGACUAUGUCAGAUUCCAUUUAUUGCAAGAAAAGAAAAGAAAAAUCUAGUCUAGUGCCGAAUGGGUUUUGCAUCUGAUGUAUUCCAUAUGCCGUCUCUCUCCCUCUCCCUCUCCCUCUGUUAUUUUAAGACAUCUCUCUUAGAUCUGUUUGCUGCUGUAAUUGAUCCACCACUUUAUUCAUGCUCCUCUACUUCUUCCUUCCAAGGUUAGAUCAUCACAUUUCAAGCUUCAUAUCUGUUUAUUUAUAUGAUUUUCUUGAUGUUUGAAUUCAGCUCGUUGUUUAUACUGGUGGGGUUCAUGGUCUAGUUUAAAUAUUAAUGGUUUGCUAUACACAAGGGGUUCUGGGGUUUUAUUGCUUCUGGAGUAUGAGAAUUUGAUGAUGUGUAGAUACUUGAAGAGUUAUAAGGUGGUUGGGAGGUUUCAUGGGUUUUGUUUAAGUUGCUUUAUGUUGUAUGCGCUUAUGGUGCGAAGUGAGACAAGCCCUCCAUAUAAGAGGUCCUGUAAGCCUUUUCUGUGAGGUCUUUAUUGCAAAAUGGGUAACGGCACUUCUCGUGUCGUGGGUUGUUUUGCCCUUAAUGGUAAGAAUGGUGUUGAUUUAGAGUUUUUAGAGCCACUGGAUGAAGGAUUAGGCCAUUCAUUUUGCUAUGUUAGGCCGCCUAUUUUUGACUCUCCUGCCAUUACCCCCUCAAACUCUGAGAGGUUUACAGUUGAUUCUAGCACUCUAGAUUCUGAAACAUUAAGUGGGUCGUUUAGACAUGAUAUGAUAGAUGAUCCCUCAGGUUUGCAUAGACCAAACAAGACUUUCCCUGAAACUACAUUUAAAACAAUAUCGGGGGCAUCAGUUAGUGCCAAUGUUUCGACUGCUAGGAGCGGUAACCAGAGUGCACUGUUUGCUAGUGAAGUGCAAGAGCCUGCUGCUUCAUUUGAGAGCACAUCAUCGUUUGCUGCAAUUCCUUUGCAGCCAGUGCCUCGUGGCUCUGGACCUUUGAAUGGCUUUAUGUCUGGUCCUCUUGAGAGAGGUUUUGCCUCUGGUCCUUUAGAUAAGGGGGGUGGCUUUAUGUCUGGACCAAUUGAGAAGGGGGUAAUGUCUGGUCCUCUUGAUGUCACUGACAAAUCCAACUUCUCUGCUCCACUUGCACGUGGUCGUCGGAGACCCCACUUCCAGCGUUUAGUGAGGAGUGUGAGUGGACCUAUGAAAAGCACUCUAUCACGAACAUUCUCACGACAUUCGAUGGGCUCAGGUUGGAUGCAGAGGGUUAUUUUGCACCCUGUGACCCAAUUGGCCUGGCAAGGUAGGGAGCCAAAGUUUCGGACAGAAGCCUCAAGGAAUUGCCUUGAAUCAGGGCCAUCAGAGGGCGAGUAUGUGAACAUUCGCAACUUGCAAUGGGCUCAUGGCAAGGCUGGGGAAGAUAGGGUUCAUGUUGUGCUUUGUGAUGAGCAAGGAUGGUUGUUUAUUGGGAUAUAUGAUGGCUUUAGUGGUCCAGAUGCGCCAGAUUUUCUGAUGAGCCAUCUCUAUAGAGCUAUAGAUAGGGAGUUAGAAGGACUGCUGUGGGAUUAUGAACAUAAAUCUUCCAAUGAUCCUAUAAAACCUGAACUGUCGAGGAGUAGAAUUGCUGUGGCUGGUUCAGGGUGCAGCAAGGAAGGGCAGCCAAACUCGAGUCAAGUAACUUCUUGCAGUUUAAACAAAUUGUGUAAUCCUGGAGAUGUCAGGGGUCAAUCUUCUAAUUGUGAGAUAGUGGAGGAAAGUGAUGUCCGGGGCAGUCGGCAACAAACAUCUAAUUGUGAAACACAUAGCAGCUCAGGCUCUGCUUCUGCCUCUAUUCCAACUGCCAACUUGGCUGGCAAAGGAAGGAAAAGCAUGCGACUUUAUGAGCUGCUGCAGAUGGAAUCAUGUGAAGGAUUAGGUUCUGCAUCAACCUCAGUGGUUAAAAACCAAAGAAGCAGAUCGUGGAAUUUUCAACCAAGCUCAGAAGCUUUGGGUUUCAAUCAAACUUUGCGAAAAGAACCGUCUAGAUCUUGCUCAUUGGAUAACUGCAAAGGAGAUGGUUUUAAUCAUCGGGGUGAAGAACCUACUACAUCAGGAGAAGAUGGAGGGAUUGGACUUGAAUCUGGUAACCAAGGAGGUGGAACUGAUCUUUCAGUUUCUGUUCAAAGACAGGGAACGAGAAAGUCUAUUAUCAGCUCAAAGAUCCGGAAAAUGUAUCGGAAGCAGAAGUCCUUGCGGAAGAAACUCUUUCCCUGGAGUUUUGAUUGGCAUAGAGAGGAGAUUUAUGCUGAUGAGCGAGUAGUGGAACCCUCUGGACCUAGUAGGAGAUGGAAAUCAGGAAUUGUCGAUCAUGAUGCAGUUUUGAGAGCAAUGACUCGGGCACUGCAACACACUGAAGAGGAAUAUAUGGAAAUGGUGGAAAAGGAUCUUGAUAAAAAUGCGGAGCUUGCUUUGAUGGGGUCAUGUGUUCUAGUGAUGCUAAUGAAGGAUCAAGAUGUGUAUGUCAUGAACCUUGGGGAUAGCCGUGCAAUAUUAGCACAAGAACGACCGAAUGAUCGUCAUCCUAAUCCAAAUUUGGUGAAGGAUGACAUGGGGUAUAAGAAUAGAUCCCGAGAGUCACUAGUACGUAUGGAGCUGGACAGAAUUUCAGAGGAGUCUCCAAUGCAUAAUCAAAACAAUCAGGUUAAUAUGAUUAACAAGAAUAGAGAGAUCUCCAUUUGCAGAUUAAAGAUGAGGGCAGUUCAGCUUUCCACUGAUCACAGCACAAGUAUUGAAGAGGAAGUGUUUAGAAUAAAGGCAGAACAUCCUGAUGACAACCAAGCAAUUUUAAAUGAUCGAGUGAAGGGACAAUUGAAAGUAACAAGGGCUUUCGGUGCUGGUUUUUUGAAGAAGCCAACUUGUAAUGAAGCUCUGCUAGAGAUUUUUCAGAUUGAUUAUGUGGGAAAUAAUCCCUAUGUGAGCUGCAUUCCUUCUGUAGUUCAUCACCGACUUUCAUCAAGUGAUCGAUUCUUAGUUCUCUCCUCUGAUGGACUUUACCAGUACUUCAGCAAUGAAGAGGUGGUUGCUCAUGUCACGUGGUUCAUGGAAAAUGCCCCUGGAGGUGAUCCUGCACAGUAUCUCAUUGCAGAACUUCUCUUCCGUGCUGCCAAAAAGAAUGGAAUGAAUUUUCAUGAAUUGCUUGAUAUUCCUCAUGGAGACAGACGUAAAUAUCAUGAUGAUGUCUCUGUUAUGGUGGUUUCUCUGGAGGGAGGAGGGAUUUGGAGAUCAGCUGGCUAGUUGUUUUCAGUUUACACAUAUUGCCUCAAUAGUGUAAUCAUUUUCAAGGGAGUGGUAAUCAUCGAUGCAAUUUAGAAUGACUUUCUCUGCAAUAUAAAUUUUUCAUCUUAUCAUUUCUAUUUCAAGUUGAGGAAUAGUUUAUGCGAGGGCAGAAGCUGAUCAGUCCAUGCUGCUAGAAUGUUGCGAUCAGAUGCCCCUUUAAGCUUCCAGUAUCUAAUUAUUUUGUAUGCCUCAUUCAUCGUUAAAGUCCUUAUGUUCUUACUUUUUUCUCCUUGGAAUGGUUUGUAAAAUUUUGAUGAAAGAUUUAUUUCCCGCA